AUGAAUCAAAAUUCAGGUAAAUCACCAUUCAGCAUGUUCCCGUUAUCGACAUCUUCUUUAAUGAAGGAGAGUAGUCUACCCGGAAGUACAGAACUUCAGUUGGAAAAAGACGAAAUGGAUUUUGAAGAAUUAUCCAAAUUCUCUGAACGAUCCACUUCAAGUAGUAUUGCCAAUUUAAGAAUCGGAUCUGAAUUAGAUAUAGAUUUCGCUAAAGAAAAUUAUAACAAUUCAUCGCCUAUCCGUAGAUCAACUUUAGGGGUUGGGAAUCUCAAUGCUGAAGCUUUCAAGAACUCAGCUUCUCCAUUGAAUUUAGGAAGAAACCAUAUAUUCGAAGCCAUCAAGGAUGAUGUUCCAACCAAUAACCCUACCAGUGAGCUAUUGGAAAGUUUCAGAAAUUCACGGUUCGUUGAAUCGGAUAAAAAUUUUAUCCCUAAGUUGUCUGCAAAUUUACGAUAUCUUUUAUCCAUUUCACAAGAGAACAAAAAUCUUUUGAUGGAUUCCUUAGUUGACUUUGAACAUGUGGAUCCUUCUGACGUUGACCAAGUUCAUUUAUUAAUAAAUUAUUUCAAGUUAAUAAAUAAAAUGAAUAAGGUCAGUCAACAGAUGGGUUUGAAUCAGUUUAAAUUGGAAUUGAUCAUCAACAAUUGUAUGGAUGUGUUAACCAAGAUAAAUGAGGAAAAUUCUAAUUACGAUUCUAGUUUCUAA